AUGGAGUCACAAUUUCUCUCAAUUUCUCUCAUCUUCAUCUUCUUACUCCUCAUUUCCUCCUCAAAACCAGCCCCAUCUUCCACCAUCGGCAUUGAUGCCAUCUCCCGCAUUCUUCAAAUCCAAGACCGAGAAAGAGCUCCUCCGCCCGUCCAGGAAGCUGCUGCCCGCUCCGUCCUCCUCCGCUUCCUGCCUUCCCAUUCCUCUUCCUUCCACUUCCGCAUCCUCUCCAAGAAGCAAUGCGGAGGUGAAUAUUGUUUCACUAUCAAUAAUCAUCCUUCUUCUGCAACACCAGGGAGUCCUCAAAUUCGAAUUGAAGGAACAUCAGGAGUGGACAUUGUUGCGGGUUUGCAUUGGUAUUUGAAGAAUUGGUGUGGUUCACAUAUAUCUUGGGACAAAACUGGUGGCCCCCAACUAUUUUCAGUGCCCAAUGUGGGGUUUCUGCCACGUGUCCACGAUGCCGGAAUCUCGGUUCAGAGGCCUGUUCCAUGGAGCUAUUACCAGAAUGCUGUUACUUCUAGCUAUUCUUUUGCUUGGUGGGACUGGAAAAGAUGGGAAAAGGAAAUAGACUGGAUGGCUCUGCAAGGUGUCAACUUGCCCCUUGCAUUUACGGGGCAGGAGGCUAUCUGGCAGAAAGUUUUCAAAGAGAAGUUUAACAUGAGCAUUUCUAAUUUGGAUGAUUUCUUUGGAGGCCCAGCAUUUCUCGCAUGGUCACGUAUGGGAAACUUACAUGGGUGGGGCGGACCACUUCCACAGAGCUGGUUUGAUCAGCAAUUAAUUUUACAGAAGAAAAUUCUUGCGAGAAUGUAUGAGCUCGGGAUGACUCCUGUCCUGCCAGCUUUUUCUGGAAAUGUCCCUGCUGCUCUGAAAUAUAUAUUUCCAUCAGCAAAAAUAACACGCUUGGGAAAUUGGUUUUCUGUUAAGAGUGACCCCAAAUGGACCUGCACUUAUCUUCUUGAUGCAACUGAUCCCUUGUUUGUUGAGAUCGGUAAAGCAUUUGUUGAACAACAACUGCAAGAGUAUGGAAGAUCCAGCCACAUAUACAACUGCGAUACCUUUGAUGAGAACACCCCACCCGUUGAUGAUCCAGCGUACAUUUCUUCAUUAGGUGCAGCAAUCUUUAAGGGAAUGCAGAGUGGUGAUAAUGAUGCUGUUUGGUUGAUGCAGGGAUGGCUAUUUUCAUAUGAUCCGUUCUGGAGACCUCCUCAAAUGAAGGCGCUUUUGUAUUCUGUUCCUGUGGGAAAUCUGGUGGUUCUUGACCUGUUUGCUGAAGUUAAACCCAUAUGGACUACCUCAGAGCAGUUUUAUGGUGUUCCUUACAUCUGGAAACACACGUGGACUUUCCUACAAACUGUCUGGUGUAUGCUGCACAAUUUUGCAGGAAAUUUUGAGAUGUAUGGGAUAUUAGAUGCAGUAGCAUCUGGUCCAAUUGAAGCACGAACAAGUGUUAACUCAACAAUGGUUGGAGUUGGAAUGUCGAUGGAAGGUAUCGAACAAAAUCCAAUUGUUUAUGAUCUGAUGUCUGAAAUGGCAUUUCAGCACAAGAAAAUUGAUGUUAAGGCUUGGGUUGAUUUGUAUUCAACUAGACGAUAUGGGAGACAAGUUCCUUUGGUACAAGAGGGAUGGAAUGUCUUGUAUCAUUCUAUUUACAAUUGCACGGAUGGAGCCUAUGACAAAAACAGAGAUGUUAUUGUAGCAUUCCCAGAUGUCGACCCUUCCUUACUUUCAUUACAUAAUGAACACUCUCGUCCCUAUACCAAGCCAAACUCAAGAACAAUUAUCCAGGAAGUAACUGAUUCCUUUGAUAGACCUCACUUAUGGUAUUCAACAUCUGAAGUAAUUUAUGCAUUGGAGCUUUUUAUAUCUAGUGGAGAUGAACUUUCAAAAAGUAGUACUUAUAGGUAUGACCUAGUUGAUCUCACCAGACAAGUUUUAGCAAAAUACGCAAAUCAGCUGUUCUAUAAGGUCAUUGAGGCAUACCAAUCACAAAAUCUUCAUGGAGUGACCCUACUCAGCCAAAGAUUUCUGGACUUGGUGGAAGAUUUGGACUCAUUGUUGGCUUGCCAUGAUGGGUUUCUUCUAGGCCCCUGGUUAGAUAGUGCAAUACAAUUAGCUCAAAAUGAAGAGCAGAAGAGACAGUUUGAGUGGAAUGCUAGAACACAAAUCACCAUGUGGUUUGACAACACAGAUGAGGAAGCCAGUCUGCUUCGUGACUAUGGAAACAAGUACUGGAGUGGGGUUCUGCAUGAUUAUUAUGGCCCCAGAGCUGCUAUUUAUUUCAAAUAUUUAAUCGAAAGCUUAGAGAAAGACGAGCAUUUCAAGCUAAAGGAAUGGAGAAGAGAGUGGAUAAAACUUACGAAUGAUUGGCAAAGCCGUAGAAAUAUAUUUCCAGUCGUAAGUAGAGGAGAUGCUUUAAACACUUCUCGGUGGCUCUUCAACAAAUACCUCAACCUUACCAAUCCUGAGACACUGGAGAGCUGGACUGAACACCACUAA